CCCGAUCUUGCUCCGUCCACACCCCCUUCUUCAUCGCCUGCUGGAACAGGUGGUGUCUUUCAACGUGUACGGCUUAUUAUUUGCGCCCAUGAUCUAGGAAGAACACUCGCGGUCCGGGGGGUCUAUCAUACCUCGCGUGCGCCGGCGGGGAACUCUAUAGAGCCUCGACUCUCAGCGAGUCCUUCUCUUAUCGCCCGCUAUUGACAGCCAGAGAAAGUACGCGGAAAGCACUCAGAAACCAUGGAAGCACCCGAGACCACGGAAGGCUCCAUCUUGGUCGGCGCCGCGAGACGAACAUUGGGCAUUUGCCUGCUGCUCGUCGUGGUCUUCCUAUGGACGGCCUCGAACUUCCUCGCCAGUACAAUAUUCGCCGACGAUACAUACUCCAAACCGUUUUUCGUGACAUACAUCAACACCUCGUUAUUCAUCCUUCCUCUCUUCACAAUUCUCUCUAGACGGCUCUUGAAACUAUGGCGGGCAGGGAAGCUCUACCGGGUUAGGUCUUUCAAGGGCCUAUUGGAGCACCUCGAUUCUCAUGAUACGAACGUCGAGGCACGGGGUAUACUCAGUCACAAUGCAGGAGGGGAGCGUUGGCGCAGCGAGGACGAAGACCCUGAAACAUGGGCUGGUGCUAGGUUCAAUGCUGCAUCUCAGGGCCAGCCAUCUAAGCUGGGAUUGAAGGCGACAGCUAAACUGAGCUUUGAGUUCUGUUUGUUAUGGUUCUCCGCAAACUACUUCGCAAUGGCCUGUCUCCAAUACACAACAGUAGGAAGCACCACAAUUCUCACCUCAACAAGCGGAGUCUGGACCCUCAUUUUCGGCGCCCUAAUCGGCGUUGAGCGCUUCACCAUCCGCAAGCUCAUCGGAGUAAUCGCCUCUUUAAUCGGCAUCAUCCUUAUAUCCCGCGUCGACAUGUCACCCCCCAACAACCCCAGCAAUACCAGCGGAAGCGGAAGCGGCAGCACCUUCCCCUCCAAAACCCCCGGCGAAAUCGCCCUCGGCGACGCAAUGGCCGCAUUCAGCGCCAUCCUAUACGGCGUAUACACCAUCGUGCUGAAAAAGCAAGUGGGAGACGAAUCCCGCGUCAACAUGCAACUAUUCUUCGGCUUAGUAGGACUAUUCAACACGGUCCUCCUCUGGCCGGGCUUCAUUAUUCUUCAUGUCCUCGGUAUAGAAACUGUCGGAAUGCCUGAUACGGGGAGAGUCUGGACGAUUAUCUUGGUAAACGCCCUCGCCUCCCUCGCCUCCGACAUCGCCUGGGCCUACGCAAUGCUCCUCACCACGCCACUAGUAGUAACCGUGGGAUUGAGUCUGACGAUCCCGCUCUCGCUUGUGGGCCAGAUUGUGCUUCAGGGACAGUAUGCGAGCGGGUUGUACUGGGCUGGGGCUACAGUGGUGUUUUUGUCGUUUUUGGUGGUUAAUCAGGAGAGUCGCGAGGUGGAUGGGGAGGGCCCUGUGGUGGUGGUUGGGAGGGGAGGGGCUGGGGCGGAGACUAGUGCUGGGUAUGAGGCUAUUCCUGGGGAUGGUGGUAAUGAGUAUGGAAGGGAUAGGUGAUAAGUAUCUAUACCUGCUAUGGAGGUGUUGGUACGUUAGAUAGGUAGUAGGCAAGGGGCUUACUUUACUAUCACUGAUUGAGGAAACUGCUGAGGAUGGAAGCAAAUUUGGUAGUGAAAUUAGCAUUGACACAAUGUGCUCAUGUCUGAAGCACAGAGAGGAUUAUUGGUACUAAAUAGAAUUACAUGACCACAGUCAGACACAAGGUGUGCUGUGUGGGAGGAAUCAAAGUGUGAAGAAAUACAUGAAGAGCACGCAAAACCCGCAUCACUUCUCAUGUCAUCCAGGACAAUCAAGCCAUACGCGAGACUAACCCAACUCGUAAUGUCUCUUACUCGCGGGGUCUCAACAUCUCAUACAAUCAGUUAUAAAAUCACAAGACAUUAAGACAAAAUAUCAUGAAGAACAUUGGG